AAGUUAGAUUUUUUAUGUAAGAGCUAAGAGCAAAUACACAUUAAAUGAAAUGUCAUUAUAUAUACAUGUAAUAAUAAUGUAUAGAUUCUAAGUUCAUCUAAAUUCUCAGUCAUGAAUUUGUUGCCAAUUGAUGCAGAUUAUGUAGAUAGUUUGAAUUAAUUAGUCAAAAAAAAUAUACAUAUAAGUAUUAUCUAACAUAUACAAAAUUUUAUGUCAAUGCCGCUGGCAAUCGAUAAAAGAUGUUCUUUCAGAGUUUAUUAAUUAAACAAAAUGACAAGGCAUAGUUUUAGUAAGACAGGUAAUGGGGACCUGUUUCGGUCGUUGCUUUUCCAAUGUCACCGACCCUUUUACCUUCAGAUACUUCAGACAUACUGGCUUACACACCCAAGAGGAAGAACAAGUUGAGUUAGAUCCGCGUAUGCCACAGGAAAAUGAUAGGAGACGAUCAAAAAAAAUAUUAUCAUUUUUUUCGUUAAAAAAGUUAAAGAAAAGACACGGAGGAGUACCAGUGUCUUUGGAGCUCGUUGAAGAUAAUUGGAAAAGAAAGUCUAAUAAAUAUUACCGCUUGGAAUCACAAAAUAAUGCAUCAACUGGAUCUGAUUUAAAUACAUUGCAAACUCUUGAUGCCAGAUUUUUAUUAAAACAUCCAGGAUGUAUUUCAUCAACUCCAGCAUCAUCGUUAGAUCUUGAAUGGGAGCAUGAAGUUAUUCCAUUACCGCUUGAUGAUUCUGAUAGACCAAAAAGUACAAAUGACUCACCAUCGAAAACUUCAAGUAAUGGUAGUCAGCCGUCCAGUUUAACAGCGUCACCCUGGUCAAAAGUAUCUACACCAAAUAGUUUAGAGUGGGAUUCGGUUGGAGACAAUGAAGCCUGUGUUGAUAUUGAAACAGAGCAAUUAUUAACGGAAAUAGAAAGAUUAACAGAUAAAACACUUAAAGAAACUGGUGAAUGGAGUGGUGCUAGAUGAUUAACAAUCAAUAAUAAAUGUUAUAUAUCAUGGUUGGUUGUAUUUUUGUAUUUUAUUAAAGUGUUAUGUGAAAUUUUACUGCCGUAAUACAGAAAUGUAUUAUGUGAAAUCAGUAUAUUGACAAGUGCACAUGAAUUUAAAAUGUUGAGCUCACAAUUAUUUUAAUAUCAAAGUGACUGAUAAAAUUUUGACUGUAUUAUUAAAUAGUUAUAUAUUGAAUUUUUUAUCAGUAAAUUAAAUGUUUAAACUUGCGAUAUCAAGUCGAAUUUAUACACUUUAUUAUUUAAUAUUAUUAUACAUUUUAUUAAUCAAAUAAUUUAUUAUUUUACUAGCUAUUUAUUUAGUGAUUUAUUAAGUGCAUUUAUAAAUGAUUUAAAAACUUAAAAAAACAUCUCCAUCGAAUAACUUUAUAAUUAAACUAUUUAUUUUUAAAUGCUUAUUACAAUUUUAAAUAAAAUAUUAUUUUGAUGCUACAAUAUUAUUUUUUUAAAUUAUCAUCAUUACAUAAGCUUUAAUAAAUGCGUUAUAUUUUUGGUCAAAACAAAAAUGAAAAAAUAUAUAUAUGUUAUAAGUAUGUAUAUGGUAACGCUACAGGAAUUGGAGCGAUCGCUCAAUAGAAUAAAAAAACUAAAAUUUUAAAUGAAAUUAUUUAUCCUUUUAAAAGAACAAGUUAAUUAAAGCUUAUUAGAAAUUUAAUGUUAAAUUGAUAAAUUGUUUACUAUAUGUUUGCACCGAUUCGUUUGUAAGAGUAUAUUGUUUAAUAUUAAUAAAAUAUAUAAAAUAAUAGCUUAUAAAAUCAAAGUAUAAAUUAGCAAAAAAUAUAAUUGAUCAUUAUUCUGUAUUUAUAUAUAGUCUAUUUCAAUAUUAUUGAUGAUUGACAACUAAAAAAUAUUUUGAUAGCCAAAUAUUUAUUUUUUUUUUUUAUUUAAU